GCCUCCCCUACAUGGCUCUCAAUAAAACCUCAAAACUCUCGGAAAAAAUAGUAAAUAAACAAAAUACGCAGUUGCGCCGGCUUGAAAGUGGCCCCGAAAAAGUAGUUCUUUUUCCACUCUUGACACGCACACGCCGUAGUUGCAGGCUGGCUACUUACGUUACAUUUCAGUGAAAUGCCGACGUCCGGGCGUAUUUGGCUGCUGCGAAAAAGCGUAACAUAAAUUCCUCGUAAUAAAUAAAACGCCCAAGUGUUUCAAAUAAAUAAUUUCACACUUUUUAUUUACGCAUUUGUAUACCCGAAGUGAAAUUUAAUGAAGGACAAGUGUCAUUGAAGCGUUGUGGUAUCGAAAGGUAAUGUGGCUUUCAGUGCACCUUGGGGAUAUUGGAGGGGAUUAAUGUGCCUCUUGGGGUCUUAAAGUUCUGCUAACAUCCGUUCGAUGACAAAGUAAUAGGUGAUCACGUCACUACAAGGACAGCCAUGAACGCGGCUGUGAUAGAAGUCCUCCAGCAGGCGAGUAGCCAAGAUCAGAAUGUCUUCAAGCCAGCUGAGCAGAUGCUCAGCGAAUGGGAAACGCAGAGAGGAUUUUACACCGCACUUUAUAAUGUCUUCUCCAAUUACUCAUUAUCGGCAAAUGUCAGAUGGAUGGCAGUUCUCUGUUUCAAGAAUGGAGUGGACAGAUAUUGGCGGAAAAAUGCACCAAAUGGAAUUGCCGAAGACGAGAAGGAGUUCCUACGUAGGAGUCUCCUCUUGACCUUCGAGGAACCUGUGAACCAACUAGCGACCCACUUGGCGAUAAUAAUCGGUAAAAUUGCGCGCCUAGACUGCCCCCGAGAAUGGGACAACCUGAUCCCUACGCUCAUCGACGUAAUCGGUUCACAAAAUUCAGUAGCUCAACACCGUGCUCUCCUGACUCUCCAUCACGUAGUGAAAACCCUCGCCUCAAAGCGCCUCCUUUCCGACAAACAACUCUUCGAGCAAUUAACCACCAACAUGUUCAACUUCAUUUUAAAUCUCUGGAACACUUUCACGGAGUCCUUCCUGAUUCUCGUCUCCCAGGGUGCCGACGACUCUCAGAUAUCAGAGCCCCUUGAAAAAGCCCUCCUCCUCCUUCGAAUCCUGCGAAAUCUCCUCGUCAACGGGUUUUCAAAUAUCUCGAAAUCCGAUGACGCCAUGAUGUUCCUAAAAGUCACUUUUUCCCGAGCAAAAGCCGCCCUAGAAUGUCGCAAGACAAUGAUGUGUCGAGAGAUGGAAGCGACUUCUUGCGAAAAAUUUAUAAUUCAAUUGACAAAAGUAAUGCUGGGAGCAUUGGAGCGUCACACAGCUUGUUACGUCGAGCUCAUCCCCACGUCCCUAGAAUUCUCAUUUUUUUACUGCUUCACGGAAGCCGGACAGCCCUUUGUGUUCGAGAAGUUCGUUAUCCAGAGUCUGAACAUGAUGAAGGACAUUCUUAUUAAAGCCGAUUACAUCGUCCAACGCACCUUUGGUGUACUCGUCUACAAAGAUGGGGAUGGACCGAAGGACCGUCUUGCCUUUCGAUGCGAGCAGCUCAGGGAAGAGUUUUUCACUCCAGAGAUUCUAAAGGAAAUCAGUUCCUGGCUGGUCACCAGGUACUUCCUACUGACUCCGUCCGAUCUUGAGCGCUGGAAUACAGACCCGGAGAACUACGCUGUUGACGAUAGUCAAGACUCAUGGAAAUACAGUCUUCGUCCCUGCGUGGAGAGCCUUUUCCUCUCGUUCUUUCCUCAAUUUCGUAAGCACCUAGUCCCGAUCCUAGUGGAGUUGAUGCAGAGGUACUAUCAACCAGUGGAUCCCAACGAUUUUCAUAGCAUGCUUCUGAAGGACGCCGUGUACCACGCCAUCGGUCUAGCAGCAUCUGAUCUUUACGACGAUGUCGACUUUAACAACUGGUUUUCAACCACUCUGAAAGAGGAAAUGAAAGUCACCAAUAGUAAUUACAGAAUCGUCAAGAGAAGGGUUUGUUGGCUGAUCGGUAAGUGGAUAGGGGUGAAGUUCAGUGGGGACUUGAGACCGGACUUUUACAAAAUGAUGACGGAGGCUCUUGGGCCUGAACAGGAUUUAGUAGUGAGGAUAGAGGCUAGUGAUACUUUGAAACGAGCCUUAGAUGACUGGCAAUUUGAUAGAGCGGAGUUUGGGCCUUAUCUGGAGACGUUGUUCACUCUCUUGUUUAAUUUAUUAAGGGAGGCCACGGAAUGCGACACUAAAAUGCAGGUGCUGUACGUUAUGUCGUUUAUGAUUGAGAGGAUCGGCGAGAAGAUCAAACCGUAUCUUGUACCUUUCACGAAUUAUCUGCCAUCAUUGUGGCAAAUAUCAGAGGAUCACAACAUGUUAAGGUGCGCUAUAAUCUCGACACUUGUACAUUAUGAGAAGGCUUUGGGACCUGAGAGUAUCAUACUAGAGCCCGUUGUCAUUGGAAUGAUUGCUCUGAGUUGUGAUAUGAAUCAGGACGCCCAUGUCUAUCUACUUGAGGAUGGUCUGCAGUUGUGGUUGGCUUUGCUUGAGAACACCCCAGGUAUUACUCCUGGAAUCAGUGAUCUUCUCAGGAAUAUGCCAGCCCUUCUGGAUGGUGGACUGGAUCAAGUGACUCUUAGGCCCGCGAUGUACGUUAUUCAGAAAUACGUCAUACUGAGCCCUGAAACUUUUCUUGGUGAAAUUGGUGCUGGCAUUGUCGAGGGAAUCAAGGGUAUCAUAGGUGAUCUCAGGCUGGAGGAUCUUGAGCGCGUUUUAAAUCUCUUGGAAAAAAUAUUGAUUGCUCUACCUGAGGAAGGACCGCACAUCAUUAAGCCCUUCUUACCAAGAAUUUUUAAUAUGAUUUAUGCUCAGGAGCAGAAUUCGAAUGGUAGGGCUUUUAACAAUUGUGUCAAGAUAUUUGCGAGGACACUGUUGAACUCCCGGGAGGUGUUCGCACAAGUUGUCAGUGAAGUUGCGAGUGACAUUGGAAGUAAUGCAACUAGUGAAACCGUGCUGGGGAGGCUCAUUGACGUUGGCGUGACUGAAUUUUUUGGAAUAAAUGAGGACAUUAAGUUAUUUGGACUUGCUCUGUGCUCACUGCUUACUGUUACUAGUCCGGUGAUUGUGUUUCAAUAUUUUCCGAAGAUCAUAGCAUAUCUUACGGAUGGACUCAAUGAUAUUAUGGAAAAUGAUGAUACAAAACCGGAGGUGGAUAAUCUUUAUCUUAGUAAUGGUUCUGUCAAUGAGGAUAUUCAUGAGGAAGAGACCGAGGGGGCUACGUAUCGAAAGCAGCUGUACAGGAUGAAGAUGAAGGAUAUUGUGCAUAAUGUGUGUUUAAGGCAAACACUUGAAAAUCAGCUGAUCGCACUCCGGAGGGACCUAACCCAAAAUCAAUUCGACCAAAUGAUCGCUUCCCUAGACCCCCUCGUUGAUCAUCAGCUCAGGGAAUACAUCGCUCUCUGAUUUUCACCGUAUGAAUGAAACUCAAUUGCCGUCGCAAGUAAGAACUCUAACAAAGUGAAGGAAGAGAUAGAGUAACGAUUUUUGAAUAACACAAAUGAGAAUACGUUUACCAGAAGUUCUGCGAUUUUUCGAGCUGUAAUGUAAAGUAAAUUUAUGAAGUGAUAAAAAAAGGAAAGCUUUUACAAGAGCCGCUGCAUUGUAAAAGGGCACUAUUCGAUUGUAUAUUACCUGUUCCACUGUAAACUAUAAUGUUGAUAAUAAAAACUCGACAAAUGUCAGUGAUUUCUUAAUUGA